AUGUCUUAUUCAUUGAAUUCGUCCAAUCUGGUUAUUGCAGUGGGAUCCCCUGUUUCAACUUCUCAUGGAUUUGUUGCUGCUGCUGCUCCGGAUUCUCUUGCCGUUGUCCGAAUUUGCGUCGCUGCUGCCUCUGCAAUCCCUGCCCUCGUACAUCCAAUUGCUGCUCCAGCCGUGACAGCGGCGGCAGCUGCUGUAAUAACUGCAACAGAUGCCUCCCGCCGCCGCCCAACAAGUGGUGCUGCUGCAGCUGCUUUUCUUCCGCCGCUUCCUGUGGCUGUCGUUUACCCAGCUUCAGAUGCUGUAAAAAGGACGGCAGCGGCGGUAACGAGGAGAGCAAUUCCUGCUGCUGCCGCCCAGAUUUGA